GUUUUCAGAAGUUGUGCAUGAUGAGGUAUGGAACGAACAUGGAUAUUUUUAGCCAGUAUAGGAAGAUAGUGGAGAUGACCCCCUGAAAAAGCGCCACCAUCAUCACACAGAGCAAGCAUGGCUUUUGCCCAGUCGCACAUUAUGACAGCUAGAAGGCAUCAGCACAGUAGACUAAUAAUUGAAGUUGACGAGUACAGCUCAAACCCGACACAGGCAUUCACGUUCUACAACAUUAACCAGGGACGUUUCCAGCCCCCACAUGUGCAAAUGGUGGAUCCUGUUCCACAUGAUGCUCCUAAGCCUCCAGGAUACACACGUUUUGUCUGUGUAUCCGAUACUCACUCCAGAACAGAUCCUAUCCAAAUGCCAUAUGGUGAUGUUUUAAUACAUGCUGGUGAUUUUACUGAACUGGGACUGCCUAGUGAAGUUAAAAAAUUCAAUGAGUGGUUAGGCAGCCUACCAUACGAAUACAAGAUCGUGAUAGCAGGCAAUCAUGAAUUGACGUUUGACCAAGAGUUCAUGGCGGACUUAAUCAAGCAGGACUUUUACUACUUUCCCUCUGUAUCCAAGCUGAAGCCAGAAAGCUACGAAAAUGUGCAGUCUCUCUUAACAAAUUGCAUAUACCUCCAGGAUUCAGAAGUGACAGUAAGGGGCUUCAGGAUAUAUGGCUCCCCUUGGCAACCUUGGUUUUAUGGCUGGGGCUUUAAUCUUCCGCGAGGCCAAGCACUUUUAGAGAAAUGGAACCUAAUUCCAGAUGGAAUAGAUAUUCUUAUAACACAUGGACCACCUCUUGGUUUCUUAGAUUGGGUUCCUAAGAAAAUGCAAAGAGUGGGAUGUGUUGAGCUGCUGAAUACAGUCCAGAGACGAAUACAACCACGUCUUCAUGUUUUUGGACACAUCCAUGAAGGUGACAGGAACUUAAAGAAAACAAGUAGGAAACGGCAAGCUAGAUGUUAUCCUGGGACGUUCAGGUUCCUCAGGGAAGAACUCCCAAGUUACGGAGUUAUGGCUGAUGGAACGACCACCUACGUGAAUGCUUCUGCGUGUACAGUGAAUUACCAGCCACUCAAUCCACCUAUAGUUAUCGAUUUGCCUACUCCAAGGAACACAUGAUUAUCACACGCAGAAGUGUGAAGCCUGCAACCUGCGUAAAACAUUGGCUAGCAGCACAGAGCUGCUAAUGUAAAAACUAAGCAUAUGCUAAAUUAUGAACGUGUUUUUCUUUUCUCUUUAUGAAAUAACUGGAGAGGCAAGAAUGGACAGACACCAGAGUUAUCUGGUAUCACAGCCUUCUAGAAAUACUUCAACAGAUCUAACAUUUCAUCAUUUUAAAAAGACUUUUUAAUACAGAAAAGGGGCGUGCAUUCCAUGUUAUAUCAAGAGGCAUCAAUGCCUAAUGUAUAUUCCAUGUGCUAUAUUGGACUUACUCAAAUGACAUGACUCUUCAGCCAAGUGGUUCUUUAUGAAGGUUUACGGUUUUCAUGUGUGUUAAAUG